GGAUGCGACGCACGCCCGCCUCGCGCCGAGAUCUGUAUAAAGAAGUCUUGGCCAUCCCAACCCGCUCAGACACUCUCUGCUGUCCAUACUCUUGCUUUCCAUAUCCCGGGUAGAUCUCUUCCUCUUUGUGGUGUCCGCACCCGCUGGUACAAUUUCUGUAUUGGACUAGGUUGGUCAUGGCAAACGUCAACAGCAUCGUGGCACAGCCGCGCGAGGCCCCGCCCGCUGACGUCGAGAGGACGGUCAGCCCGCACGAGAAAGACCUCGCGCAGCUUGCCGCCCGCAGCAAGGAGGAAGACGACUCGGAUGACAGCUCCCAGUUCAAGCAGGACGGUGUCAAACAGGUCGAGGCCGUGACACAGGUCUGGGACAAGAAGGCUCUCUGGAUCGUCUUUGGAUUGCUGUAUCUCGUCAACUUCGUGGACACGCUCUUCCAGGCCGUGACUGGCGGCUUGGAACCAUACAUCACGUCUUCAUUUGGCCAGCAUGGCCUCCUGUCCGUGGUCAGCGUCAUCUCGUCCAUUGUUGGCGGUUCCAGCAAGCUAGCCAUUGCCAAGGUCAUCGACAUCCGCGGCCGAUGUGAAGGCUUCAUCUUCAUGAUCGUUUUGAUCAUUCUUGGAAUCCUCAUGAAGGCGCUCUGCAAGAAUGUUGAGACGUACACUGCCGGCCAAACCUUCUACUGGGUCGGCCACAUUGGGCUCGGAUACAUUAUCGAUGUGAUCCUGUCCGACAUGACGACGCUCCGCAACCGAAUGUUCAUGUGGGGUCUGUAUAUGAGCCCCAGGUUUGCCGGGACAUUCGGUGGCCCCCCCAUUGCCGAACUCUUUUACAAGAAGUCGACCUUCCGAUGGGCAUUUGGAGCUUUCAUCAUCAUCAUCACUGCGUGUGCUGUCCCCGUCAUCGCCAUACUCCUCUACUACGAAGGCAAGGCCAAGAAGUUGCAGAUUCUUGCGGAGAAGCCGAAGCGCACACUUUGGGAAUCUGUCAAGUACUAUUUCGUCGAGUUUGAUGUCGUUGGCAUGCUUCUCACCAUCGCAGGCUUCUCCCUGAUUCUACUUCCCAUGAGCAUCGCGAAGCGGGCACCCAAUGGCUGGGCUAGCGGCUAUAUUAUUGCCAUGCUCGUCCUUGGAGUCUUGUGUCUGGCCGCCUUUGGCGUGUGGGAGAGGUGGUUCGCCAAGGUGCCGUAUCUGCCAUUUGAGUACCUCAAGAACCGGACCAUACUGGGCGCGUGCCUGCUCGAUGCGUUCCUCUUCAUGUCCGUCUUCUGCUGGGACACGUAUUACUAUUCAUACCUGCAAGUCGUUCACGGCCUGAGCAUCACCGUUUCUGGUUACACGCUCAAUGCUUAUUCGCUGACUUCGACCUUUCUCGCCCCGUUCAUCGGACUGUUAGUGCUGCAUUCGAAUUGUUGAGACCCUCUACAAUACAGGUGCUAACGGUGGCGCAGCUUUCUCCGAUGGUACGGUCGCUACUACUGGGUUGCCAUCUCGGGCAUUCCGUUCUGCGUUUUGGGCACCGCCCUGCUGUAUCAUUUCCGACACCCUGGCGAGGACAUUGGCUACCUAGUCAUGUGUCAAGUCUUUCAUGGAGUGUCCGGAGGCAUCUGGGCCAUGACGGGGCCUCUGGCGCUGAUGGCGUCCGUUGGGCAUCAGGACAUUGCCGUGGUCCUUGCAUUGCACGGCAUGUUUGCGUCCAUCGGCCGGUCAAUCGGCCUCGGUAUCUCGGGCGCUAUUUGGAACAACGAUCUGCCCGUGGAGAUUUACAGGGAGUUGCCUGACAAUGCCAAAAACCAGAGCGCGGCGCUCUUCGGCGAUAUGCGCUUGCAGCUCCACGACCCCUUGGGCACGCCCAUCCGUGACGCUGUUGUCACGGCGUACGGUACAGUCCAGAGGCGGAUGGUCAUUGCCGGUUGCGCCAUCUUGCCCUUCAUUGUCGCCUGCGUGCUCGUGUGGCGGAACCUUCCCAUCGACAGGAAGCAGACCAAGGGGACUGUUUUCUGAGCCGAAGUGGGGACGCGGCUGCAGGGGUCUCGGCAACGCAAGAGCGUCGAGCGUGUAAAUACGUACGAGGCUCAUUCGCGCGUUUUUCAAUGCCAUCGGAUAUUAGGCUGCUGAUAAGCAAUACUAUGGCCGUGUCUCACCUCGACAAGCUUUGAUGGUGAUGUUGCAACGGAUCGGAAAGGCUCUUAAAGGGGUGCCGCCCAGCGGUUUGCCUUUGGUGGAACCUGCAGGCAUGAUCCAAAUCGAUACGGUUCGACGGGCCAGCGGAGCCACAUCGCGGCACACGUUACAUAGUAUCAGACGGUGUCCACGACGGCUUGUCGACCCGGAUCCACGAAUAUUAUGCCGAUAGAGGUGCGGGCAUGGCCCGGGAGAGCAUCAGGAGCCCAGGGCUCGCGUGACGCGGCAGCGGGCGGCGGGCUUCGGCGGCGACCAGCCAGAGGCCAUGCAGUGACGCAUUGCUCGAACAGGCUUGUCGAGAAUGAUCCGUGUGGGUAAUAAGGCAGUUGGAAAAGUCGCAACUCGGGCCAACUCAGCCUCACCACCUCACGGCGUGCCGGGCGGUCAACGUUGGCGUUGGUCGUCGUCGAGGUCAACAGCAAACCGAGAGAGGAGGCGAGGGCUGAGGCAGAGAGAGCGAGCGAGCGAGCACGCGGCAGUUGGACCCGGUUCGGUGGUCGCGGCGUCCAUUGGCUUCCAUUGUCGGGGCGUCGGAGGCGCCUGGGCCGUCUGGGCGCCCGCGACGAGGCGGCCGCCGCCUGCGUCUGCGCCUGUGCCUGCGCCUGCACCACCGCGGCCCGGGGGGCCAGGUAAGGUACAGCGGGCAUACCUUAGUACCUCCAGGUUACCUCUCGUACUUCGUACCCAACCUCUUAGUUUGGCCAUGAGUGAUGAGUGAGUGCCCAACUCCGUGCUGCUGGAGUGCUGCUGGCGUUCCCUCACAAUGGGGAAGGUGCGCAUUGGCGUGUGCCUCUUCCCGCGGGCAGCAGCUCGGUUCUGCGCCUUGACGCUAUUCGCUCCUGC